AUAAAGUGUGUGAGAAUGAAUCAUCGUAAUAAAGUACAGUCUCGUAAUAAUAAUAGAAAAAUUUUCUACUUAUUCAAUUUAAUGAAAUUAUUAUGUACAUUUAUUAAUCGUUAAAAAUUAUUAAAGAUGAUUUAUAAUUGGAAUCAUUUACUAUCAGUGUCACAAGAAUAUGAUGUCGUUUAAAAAAAAUGAAACAAAAUACAUAAAAGAUGUGGAUUAUAAAGGAAGAUUGGAGUACAAAUUGUAUCUGGCGAGAGAAAACCCAGCACCAAUAUUUGACAUUUCUGAUUGUGCUUUAAAAAAUGUCCCAUCAGGAAUUUAUUCUUUAUGUAAAGUUUUUCGAAAACAAGAAUUAGAUAUGAGUAAAAAUAAACUAUCAUCAUUAUCUGGAGGUGGUCAACUAGAUGACUUAUCUUUAUUAACUUUUCUUGAUAUAAGUUAUAAUGAAUUCACUCAACUACCACCAGAAAUUUCUUUUUUAAUAUCACUUGAAAAACUUUAUGUAAAUAAUAACUGCAUCAAAAAACUGCCAGUAGAAUUAGCAAAGCUACCAAAUCUUCAAAUUUUAAAUGUGGCUAACAAUAAAUUGAAAUAUUUACCAGAAACAAUUGGAAAUUUAAAAAACCUCAGCAUUCUUGAUAUUAGUAGAAAUAAAUCGUUAACAAAAUUGCCACAGUCUUUGGGUCAAGCUAACAAAUUAGUAGAUAUUAAAACUGAUGAAUGUAAUAAUAUAACAUAUCCUCCAAAAUAUAUUCUUCAAGGUGGAGCAAUAGCAAUCGUAGCUUUUCUCGCUCAAGAAUGGGGAAUUGAUAAUAAAGCAAGAGAUGUAUUUUUAGAUGAACAAAUGAAUCAAUUAUCUGAUGAUAUUAAUAAACGAUUAACUGAAAAUACAAGGAAUAAUAAUUAUCAGGCAACGUUAACACAAUUAGAAAAAACAAAAGAACAACGACAAAAUGCAUUACUUGAGUUGGAGAAAAAUAUUCGAGAACAACAAGAAAGUGAAUUAGAACUUCAGUCUAUCAGUCAAAGACAGAAAAAAAAAUUAUUAGAAGAUUUAAUACUCCAACAGUCACACUUGGAAUUAGAGAUUGAAAGGAUUCAACAAGAAAAAGAGUUAAACCGGGCUCGGUUUCUUGAUUUCAUUAAUGAAGCAGAAAAAAAUGCUGAUAAUGUAAUUGAAAAAUUUUUGAUUAAUAAUGAAGCUGAACGUCAUAUACAAGCUGAAUUAAUAGAGCGAGAAAAAGAAGAACAAUUACAACUAUUGUCGAAAUGUCAUGAAGAUCAAUCAUCGGUCAGGACAAAAGAAACACUUCUUGCUAUGGAAAAAUUGCUGAAAGAAGAGUUAUUAACAGAAAAGAAAAUUGAAGAAUACACUAAAUUCCGUGAAUGCAAUGCUCACUCAUUAUUGAGUUUAGAAUUAAGAAAUAAUGAUUAUUUAGCAUCAACAAUCAAAGAUCAAAAACGAAAUCGAGAAAACUUAUUAGAUCUAUUAAGGAAAGAUCAAGUACUACAAAAAGCAGCUUUAACUGCUUUAUUAGAAAGAAGUGAUGCUAGGUCAUGGAGUAUAGUUCAACAAGUGAAUUUAAUUGAAUCCCAAUUAGUUGCUUUAACGAAUAUUGAACUAGAAAGAAAGAAAUUAGAAAUAAAUCAGCAAAUAAAUGAUAUUGCUGAAAAAAGAGUGAUAUUAAGUGGAAUACUCGUCAAUUUAUUAGAUAAACAAGAAAAAAGACGUGAACAAUUAUUAGAAACAAUAAAUCAAAUAGAAAGCCGUAAAAAUGAUGAAGCACGACGAAACAGUCUUUUCUGGUUGAUGCAGUAUCAAUCAUUAAUGGAUUCACGUCCUCAGGGAUUAUUAGAGGGCUUAGAUCCAAUGCUAGUAAGACAUGUAGCAAUAGCUGGAGUUUUACACUGCCUUCCAUUUUUAGCUUCUUUAUCAACUUUGUUGCCGAAUGUUGAUGAUUAUCAACUUGAACAACUUGGAAUUCACAAUAAAGAUGAUAGAAAUGCGAUUCUCUUGGCAAUUGAAAAUUAUUUAGCAGAAAGAAAAAUAGUUGAACCAUCUGCUCCAGAGUUAGAUGAAGCAUUAACAGAAGAGCCUUCUACAAGCAAUGCAAAUUAUUCUAACAAAAAUGUUAAUGCAACAGAAUGUGUUAUCUGUCUAGACUGUCAAAGUGAAGUAAUUUUUCUUCCAUGUGGGCAUUUUUGCUGUUGUGCAUCAUGCUCAAAUAAAGUAACAACUGAAUGUCCAAUGUGCCGCGGCUCUAUACAACGCAAAAUUCAAGUUUAUAAAAUUAAUUAAAAUUGUUUAAUAUAAUAAGAUAUUAACCUUAUAUAAUUUUUAUUUUGUGGCAUGAAAUAACAUUUUUAAACAGAUUAUUGAAUUAUAUCAUCAAACAUUUUUAUAAAAAUCAUAUAGUUGAAGUAUAUGUAGAAUAUUGAAAUGAAUGAUAGAUAAAUUUAUAUCUAUAUGACAUGAAAAAAAAAAAAUGAAAGACACUUUGAUGCAUUUGUUUGUUUCAACUCAGGUUUUCAGUAAU